UUUUGGCCCUAUCUGGCAGCACUGCAAUCACAAUUUUUCAAGAUUGGCGUCUGCCGCGUUUUAUUGCAGCGAAUUAAUUAAUUUUCCAAUUUGUGAAUCUUCCGUUCAUUACCAAAACACAGCGUGAAAAUGUCGAGCAAAUCCCGACGAGCUGGCACCGCCACACCGCAGCCCACCGGCACGUCCACCCCACGGGCACCGUCGGCGGGUCCCCAGCAGCACCACCACCAGCCGCCUCCAUCGCAGUCCCAGCAAGCUGCCAGCCCCCUCAGUCCCACCCGCCAUUCGCGCGUGGCCGAAAAGGUGGAGCUGCAAAACCUAAAUGAUCGUCUGGCCACUUACAUUGACCGGGUGCGUAACCUGGAGACGGAGAACUCUCGUCUUAGCAUCGAGGUUCAAACCACCAGGGACACCGUCACCCGGGAGACAACCAACAUGAAGAGUAUGUUCGAGAACGAGCUGGCGGAGACCCGUCGUCUUCUGGACGAGCAGGCACGGGACCGCGCUCGUGCUGAGAUCGAGAACAAACGUCUGUGGGAGCAAAACGAGGAGUUGAAGUCCAAGCUGGAGAAGAAGACCAAGGAGUGCAACACCGCAGAGGGCAAUGCCCGCAUGUACGAGUCGCGUGCCAAUGAGCUGGGAAACAAAUACAAGGAUGCAAACGCUGAACGGAAGAAGAUUAAUGAUGAGCUGAACGAGACCAUCAAAGAGCUGGAGCGACUCCGUAAGCUGUACGAGGAUACGCGCAAGGGUCUCGAACAGGAGACGUUGACACGUGUCGACUUGGAGAAUACCAUUCAGAGUCUGCGGGAGGAGUUGUCCUUCAAAGAUCAGAUCCAUACCCAGGAGAUCAAUGAAUCGCGCCGCAUUCGUCAGACCGAGUACAGUGAGAUCGACGGUCGCCUUAGCUCUGAGUAUGAUGCCAAAUUGAAGCAGUCCCUUCAGGAGCUCCGAGCUCAGUAUGAGGAGCAGAUGCGCAUCAAUCGCGAUGACAUCGAAUCGCUCUAUGAGGACAAGAUUCGUCGCCUGCAGGAAGCUGCCAAUCGCACCCACAACACUACACACAAGUCGAUUGAGGAGUUGCGUAGCACUCGUGUGCGUAUCGACGGUCUCAAUGCUAAGAUCAACGAUCUGGAGCAGACCAAUGCCGUGCUCAACGGGCGUAUCCGCGAGCUGGAGCAGCAGCUGGACAACGAUCGCGAGCGUCAUAACCAGGAGGUGGCUCUGCUCGAGAAGGAGCUCAUCCGUUUGCGCGACGAGAUGACACAGCAGCUUCAAGAGUACCAGGAUCUUAUGGACAUCAAGGUGUCGUUGGAUUUGGAAAUCGCUGCCUACGACAAGCUGCUGGUCGGCGAGGAGGCACGCCUGAAUAUCACCCCGGCCAACUCGGCCACCGUACAGUCGUUCAGCCAGUCGUUGCGCAGCAGCACCCGUGCCACGCCCUCGCGCCGCACUCCCUCUGGCGCUCAGAAGCGCAAGCGUGCCAUGGUGGAUGAGAGCGAGGAUCGCAGCGUCUCGGACUACUAUGUGUCGGCCAGUGCCAAGGGCAACGUGGAGAUCAAGGAGAUUGAUCCCGAGGGAAAGUUCGUGAAGCUGUUCAACAAGGGCACCGAUGAAGUGGCCAUUGGCGGGUGGCAAUUGCAGCGACUGAUCAACGAGAGUGGCCCGUCAACCACCUACAAGUUCCAUCGGUCCGUGAAGAUCGAACCUGGAGCAACGGUGACCGUCUGGUCGGCAGACACUAAGGCAUCGCAUGAGCCGCCAUCGAACAUCGUGAUGAAGUCGCAGAAGUGGGUAGCCGGCGACAAUACAAGGACGGUGCUGCUGAAUGCCGACGGCGAGGCUGUAGCUAAUCUGGAUCGCGUCAAGAGAGUGGUGUCCACACACGUCUCCUCCUCGCGCCUGAGUCGUCGCCGCAGCGUGAGUGUCGUUGAUGGCAGUGAGCAGCUGUAUCACCAGCAAGGUGAUCCCCAACAAACCGGCGAAAAGUGCGCCAUUAUGUAAUCCCACGUUUCUUUUCUGACCCAGACAACAA